CGGGGGCAGUGGCACGGACUCAGGGAGGCCGAUUUAAACUUUGCAUCAAUUUCAGCUUCGUGGUCGCUAGCGCGCCCGCCAGGCACGCGGCUUCAGUGACGGAACCAACCCCACCCCCCUUCUUUGGCCAUGCCCACGCCGGACCACUGUCGUCUUGUUUCCACAAACCCCAUUCCAUGGGUUCGUGCUUUGUUCGUACGAUCCAAAGACACGGCAUUCGACCUAGGCAGGCUAAGAGACAAAAUAGAGGGUCGUGGUGGAGUGGCGCAAAAGGCACAGGUGCAAUUGCCGGGGCUAAGCUGGCGGGUCAUUGGUCGCCUGCCGGAGCAUGGUCCUUUUGUUGUCCAAGUGCCGGACCCCUUUUGAUAUGUUCCUGCUUUCCUUUUCCAGCGAAGCAAUCCGCGAGGGCGAUAAAUGUGCUGAUCGGGCGUCACGAUGGGUCUCCUAGUCGGGAUAGUCUCAUAUAUGCAGUGCUUCGGUCAUCUAUUACUCAUGUUCUGGAACAUCAAUACCCAGACCGCCAUUGGGAUCAACUGCUAGAAGCCCCGAGGAUUCCUGGACCUGUAAAGCUAGCGUCUGUUGAGGCGUGCGAGGAAAAGGGGGCGCAGAGAGGGCGGGAUAUGACGUUGCCAUGGCGUGUUCGAGACAAGACAUCUCUCGAGCUUGGGGAUAUGACUGAUGCUACCAAUCUUGACGCCCUCUCCCCUCUUUCACCGCGAUAUCUUCACCGCGUUUGACACACCGUGAUGCGCGCUGACAGGAGCGCGGAGAAGCCCAUGGGCUCCAGGUUGCGCCGAGAUUGGUGUGACGGGCGAUGGGCUGGAGACGUCUGCAGCAUGGAUCCUGGCGUGACACGGAUUCAGCCCACCGGUGAACUGUGAUAUCCGACUUAUGAACCAUCAUCGGCAUCAUAAAAGCCCGACUAUAGAGCAACGACAGCACGGAAAACAAUAUGUCAUCCCAUGUCAGUUAAGAUGAGCUGUCAAUGCGCUGUGGACGUCCAGUGCAACGAAAAUCAAAGUGUUAAUCAAGCCCAAUAUGAAGCGGGGGUCUUCC